AUGAAAUCCAUUCCUCGUUCUACAACAACAACCGCGAAGACCGACAUACUGAUUGCUGACAACUCGGGACUCUCGGAUGAGGAGGAUCAUCUCACAAUGAGCGCUACACCGACAACAAAGGUUUUUUGGCAACUCACACAUGCAAAUGCGCCUUCUUCAGGUGUUGUUUCCAAAAGAGCCAAGCGCAAGAGAGCUCGCUCGACGGGUUGCUUCGGCAUACCAUUCGACCUGCUCGCCUUCCUCCGCAGCAUGUCGGUCUUUCCGCUGGAUCCCAAACAAAACAACAACACCAAGAGGAUUCAGUCAUCAUCACCACAUUUUGAGUCUGAGAAGGUCGGGGAGGUGAAAAAAUCCUCAACAUGGCCACUUCUCAACUCGGCCAAAGCACAAGCCGCCCACGAAGCUCGCCUGGCAACGAAGCGCUCGGCAGCGAUCGAUCGGCAGCUUGAACUGGACCGUGAAGCCUGGUGCCGAAAGGCCCAGGUCAUGGUCACUAGCUGUGGGCCGAUCAACUGCGAAGGGAAGACCUUAUUUUUCGAUCAAAUGAGAAGGAGCAGCUCACCGGGAUCUUACGAGAAUCAUGAGCCAUUCACCAAUCAACCAACGGAGAACCCAGCUGGGCAAGUGAUAGAUGCCACGAUAAAGGAAAUGCAGCGAAUCCUGCAAGAAAUCCACAUGCAGGCAACACAUCACUACAAGACUUCCGAUAUAGAGAUGGAAGAGCCCCUCACCACGUUACUCUCUACCGCCAAAACCCUCUACGAGACUGACCUCCACACCCUCGGCCAACUACCCCAGGUCAACCCCCGCAGCCUCGCUCUCAUCAACCAGAUCACCAAGUUAUGGUCUGAUCCCGCCUGGACAAAACUCUGCUACACCACCCUAGGCAGAUCAAAACCCUUCACCUCCCUCGUCCUCUCCCUCCUCACCCGCUCUUUUUCUCCAUCAUACACCCCCACCUCAACCGACCUCUCCCACAUCAAGCACUUCUCCUCCGCACCAAGAACCCUCCACCGCGAAGCCCUCACCCCUUUCCCCGCCACCUCCUCUCUCGAAUUCGACCUGAUUGACCGCGACAACACAAGCUGCUGCUCCUUCCUACGCCGCAAAAUCUUCAACUUUCUCUCCCCCAACCUGUCGGUGAUCAUGCUAGUCGAUCUGGCUAGUUAUUCGCAGGCUCUGUGGGAAGACAGCAGCACCAACCAGCUCCGGGAGUCGCUGCUCGCUUUUGAGGGACUGCUCAACGACAGGCGGUACGCCCAGCAGGCGAGGGGGGCGAUGAUGCUGCUUUUGUGGAAUAGCGAGGGGUUGGAGGCGCAGCUGGGGGAGAGGCCGUUGGGGAGGUAUAUGAAGGAGUUCAAGGGGAGGAGGGGGGAGGAGAGCGCGUGGUGCAAGAAGAUUUGA